AUGGCUACGCCCCGGCUCCCAUUUCUUUAUCCAAAUUUGAUGCGGGCUAUUCGGUCGUGUGAACCGAGGACCUACCGCCCCGGCCGCAUCCAUGGCUUUCAUUCCACCAGGGGGCGCAAGCAAGAAGUCUUCCAGCGACGCUACGGUCCGGCUGUCGAACCAAAUAUUCCUCCUCCUUCACGACCUAGGAAAGGCUUAGAGGGCCAGUCUGAAGAUGUUGCUCCAACUGAAAAAGAAGUUGUGACCAAUGCCGACCAUGAAGACCCCCCAGAGCAACCGCAGUCGCAGGACCAGCAGUCGCAGUCACCGCCCCAAGAUACCCAACAGGAGACUACCGACGCGUCCCAUUCCUCGUCACCUAACCCAGAGGCUACCGAGGAGCCGGGCAGCAGAGAUGUAUCAGUUGAGUCGGAGCCGCACGACGAGCAAGUGGUGGAGAAUAUCGAUGGUCUGAACAAUGACUUUGCUGCUACCGCCCCGUAUCCCACAGGGGGUGUAGGAGAAGAGCGGUCUCAGCCCUCGCCCUAUGUGAACCAGGGAGCAUUUGACGAUGUGCUCCACAUGCCGUCUCCGACAGCCUACCUGACUCCUACGGGGCCCUCAUCUGACAAAAGACCACCCCACCUGACUCCGGGCCCAUAUGUGCACCAUUUCGAUACCUACUCGCUGGUCCGUGAUCUCUCCAAAGGCGAUUUUACUGACCCUCAAUCAACCACGAUCAUGAAAGCCGUGCGGAGUAUUCUUCAGAACAACCUUGACUUCGCCAAGCAGAGCCUGACUUCCAAGUCCGACGUUGAGAAUGAAUUGUACCUCUUCAAGGCGGCGUGCUCUGAGCUCCAAUCGUCACUCCAGACUGCUCGAAAUUCUGAGGUACAAAGACAACGGGCUUCGCGCACUCAGCUGCAACAUGAGAUUGAUAUCUUGUCUCAACGUUUGAAUCAGGAGCUUGCAGGAAUGAAGGAUGACAUCAAGGGCAUGUUCAACGACCACAGCAUGACCACGCGUGAGCAGCAACGAAGUAUCGACACUUCCGUUCAAGAGCUAAAUUACAAAAUCACUGUGUCGCUCAAUAGCGACGGGAAGAGCGAGAUUGAAGGUCUCCGGUGGAUUUUGACGAGACGGGCAGCCCUGACCGUUGCCACAUGUGCCUUCAUGAUCAUUGUCUUCCUCAAGUAUGCCUCUGUUCGCAAGGUGCAGGAUUCGCCCAAGAAGGUCACAGAGGUCGAAAAGCCAGUUACUAAGGAAGUGACCACGGAAACUCGUAUCGUUCAUGAUGCCGGAGCCCAGGCAAACGUGCCCUCUAUUCCCGAAGCACAUCUCGGUGAAUCUCUUGGUUGA